AUGUCGGGGCAUCACCAUGACCAUGACGGCCAUGGCCACUGCCACGGUGAAGACCAUGAUCACUCCAACGAUAUCACUCCAGCCAUCCAAUCCCUGCUGUAUUCUCAGAUUGAUUUCGGCCAGAUCACCACUCUCAAUGAGUCCGUCCCCAAGGCCGGCGCAGCUAUCGUGCAAAAGACCUGGGCCGAGCGACUGAACGACAAGCCCGAGCUCGAAAGCGAUGCAGAUGAGCAACUGCUCAUGAACAUCCCAUUCAACGGCCAAGUCAAAGUUCACUCCCUCCUUCUAUAUACCGCACCGACAAUCUCCGCCCCAAAGACCGUAAAGCUCUUCAAGAACCGCGACGAUCUGGACUUCUCAACUGCCUCGGAGCUCUCCCCGACCCAAACCAUCGAGGUCCCGCAGCCCGUUCCUGGUGCUGAUGUCUUUGAAUUGCCGUUGAAUCGCGCACACUGGAACGCGACUACCUCUGUCACUCUCUUCUUUGAGGAUAACUGGAGUGAUGGCGAGGAGGAUGUUACGAAGGUUGGUUAUGUUGGGUUUAAGGGACAGUUCUUGAAGUUGACGCGUGAGCCGAUUAACUUCCUUUAUGAGGCUGCUGCUAAUCCCCAGGAUCAUGUUUCGAUUCCUGGGGUUAAUGGUGUUGGGCGUAUUAUGCCUGGUCAAUAG